UUGCAUAACGUGGGAAUGAGCAAACACGCCGGUUUAGGUUUAUGCUCAAAUCGCGAAUAUACCCAGCCUUUGCGUAAUAAUACGAGAGUUGUGCCGAUGAGGGUAACGGGACACGUUUCGUCUGUAGUGCAGGCCUUGUUUGCAGCAGCUGCCAAGAAAAAUUUCAACUUUCAAACCAACAGCACUUCAUUGUUGUCACCACAUCGAUUUCUAAAUCCGUUAGCAUCUGGUUGUCUUUCGGUUCGAAGGAACUCGACAAAUUCUGCUGCUCCUAGAAAAUCCAAACUUCCGGAGAAUUGGGGAACCAAGAAAAAAUCAGUGAUCGAAGAGUUCAAGAGCAAGAAGAAGAACAAGGACGUUAUCUACAUCAUGGCAGACAAUGCGGAAGAAAUUUUGGCCCCAUUGAGGGCAUCAGUGAAGGAGCAGGGUGAUCUCGUCCGGAAAUUGAAGGAAAUGGGUGAAGGUGAAAUUGAAGUUAAAAAAGCUGUCGUCGAACUUAAAGCGAGGAAAAAGAUCUUAGAAGAUAAGGAACUUGAAUUGACGCAAAAAGAUGACGGAUUUGAUCGGAUGAGAAUGGAGGAUUUAUUGAAGAGACGAUUCUUUUAUGAUCAAUCUUUCGCAAUUUAUGGAGGUGUCACUGGACAAUACGACUUUGGACCUAUGGGGUGUGCCACGAAAGCUAAUCUUUUAAAUUUCUGGCGACAAUUUUUUGUCCUAGAGGAAGGAAUGUUGGAAGUCGACUGUAGCAUCUUAACCCCGGAACCAGUCCUUAAAGCAUCGGGUCAUGUUGACCGUUUCGCUGAUCUCAUGGUGAAGGAUGAGAAAAAUGGAGAAUGUUUCCGCCUUGAUCAUCUCAUAAAAGCUACGGUUGAAAAGAUUGAAAAAGAAAAAGGCACAACAGCCGAAACGAAAGAUCGUAUCAGCACUGUAUUAUCUCAAUUGGAUGGCUACAAUAAAGAUCAAAUGGCCGGGCUCAUGGCCGAGUUCAAUGUCGUUAGUCCCGUUACCGGAAAUCCACUUAGCCCCCCAAUGGAGUUUAAUCUAAUGUUUUCUACCCAAAUUGGUCCAUCGGCAGCAGUGAAAGGUUUCCUUCGUCCGGAAACUGCUCAAGGCAUAUUUGUCAAUUUUAAGCGUCUUUUGGAAUUUUCUUCCGGAAAAUUACCAUUCGCUGCAGCACAGAUCGGCAACGCCUUCAGGAAUGAAAUUUCUCCACGAUCUGGACUAUUACGUGUUAGAGAAUUUACAAUGGCUGAAAUUGAACAUUUUUGCGACUCGAGUAACAUGAGUCAUCCAAAAUUUUGCGAAGUAAAGGAUACUUUAAUGACCCUUUACUCUGCUUGUGAUCAAAUGGAUGGAAAGAAACCAAGUCAGAUUACAAUCUCGGAAGCAGUGGGCUCUGGUCUCGUUGCAAAUGAAACUUUGGGAUUCUUCCUUGUCAGAAUCAAAAUGUUUCUAGAGAAGGUUGGAGUUAAUCCUGACAAGUUGCGAUUCCGUCAACAUCUUGGAAAUGAAAUGGCUCAUUACGCAAGAGAUUGUUGGGACGCUGAAAUUCUGACCUCAUACGGAUGGGUAGAGUGCGUAGGUUGUGCUGAUCGUUCUGCCUUUGAUUUAAGCCAACAUACAAAGGCCACCGGAGUAAAAUUGAUAGCUGAGAGGAGACUACCGGCUCCAAAGAAGGUGGAAAUGAUGCAAGCCAACUUGAACAAGGCCACAAUUGGGAAAGCUUUCAAACAAAAUGCAAAGGCGAUUGCAGAUUAUUUCGCAAACGUUGACGAAGAAGAAAUCAAGAAAAUUAACGAUAAUUUGCUCUCUGCUGGUUUUGUGGAAAUUAAAAUUGGUGAAAAUUCCUUCAAAAUUACUACAGAAGAAUUGAAAAUCGAGAAAGUUGAAAAGACUAUCCAUGUGGAAGAAUUUGUUCCAAAUGUAAUUGAACCAAGUUUUGGAAUUGGAAGGAUCUUGUAUUCUAUCUUUGAACAUAAUUUCAAAACCAGAGCUGAUGAUGUUCAGCGAACGUACCUCUCGCUGCCUCCUGUUAUUGCUCCCGUCAAAUGUUCUGUGCUUCCAUUAAGCAACAAGGCAGAAUUACAAGCCAGAGUUGCAGAGGUCGUUCAGGAAUUAAGAAAACGAGAAGUCUCUGUAAAAGUGGACGAUUCUAGCGGUUCUAUUGGUCGUCGGUAUGCUCGAACGGAUGAAAUUGCUAUUCCCUUUGGAAUCACAAUUGACUUUGAAACGCUAAACAACUCCAGCGUUACCUUACGAGAACGAGACUCAACUCUUCAAGUUCGUCUUCCGAUUGACAAAGUUGGUGAAACUCUGCGUGAUUUGUCUAAUGGAUCACUUAAGUGGACGGAAGUGAUGCAAGUUUUUCCAAAGUUCGAGUCCCAAGAAGCAUAAUGACUUUCUCCUGUUUAAAGUAUAAUUUAUUAAAGCUGAAAUGUAUGAUGUAAUCUACUACACAAUAAUUUUGACUCACAAAAUUGUCAUUAAUUGAUUAGAUUUUAUAUUUGGGUUUAGAUUUAAAUUAUUGAAUUAAAAUAAAAUCCAACCUUCCUAAUUA